UCCCGAAAAAACAAAGAGAAAAUUACAAAAAGUCGUCGAAAAAUAAAGUUCCUUCGCUCUCAAAAGUCAAAAAUCAAGAACGGAAAGUGGAAAAUGGGGUACUCUUGAGUCUUGAUUGUCCCUGAUAUUGGAUUUUAAAAUUUCAAGACAAAGACCCAAUGGGCUCUUAAAGCCAAUAGCAGCCUUUUCCUCCGUUCUUAUCCCAUACACUUUCCCUUGCUCGUCGAUAAUUUAGUAGCGAAGCGAUCCCAAGGACAUCACACUUCACAGAUUCAUGAUUAUGGCUGCGAAUCCUAGAUUCCAGAUGACCCUUUUCCCAUAUUGUCUCACUCUUCUGCUCUCAAUCUUUUCAUCAGUAUCAGAGUCCAGUCAGUUUUGUGAAGCUGGAAUCGGUUACACGCAGUGUGGAGCUUCACCUUAUUCAUCGUCAAAGAUAUUGAUAAAGGGUGGAACUGUUGUAAACGCUCACCAUCAGGAGAUUGCUGAUGUGUAUGUAGAAGAUGGUAUUAUUGCUGCUGUGAAACCUAAUAUCAAGGUUGGUGAUGAAGUUACUGUGCUCGAUGCCACUGGAAAGUUUGUUAUGCCAGGAGGAAUUGAUCCUCACACGCACAUGGCCAUGAAGUUUAUGGCUACCGAGACCAUUGAUGAUUUCUUCAGUGGUCAGGCUGCUGCAUUAGCUGGGGGAACAACAAUGCACAUUGAUUUUGUUAUUCCAGUAGAAGGGAGUCUAUCCUCUGGUUUUGAGGCCUAUGUAGAAAAAGCCAAGAAGUCCUGUAUGGAUUAUGGUUUCCAUAUGGCAAUCACCAAAUGGGAUGAAACCGUGUCAAGAGAGAUGGAGAUCAUGGUUAAGGAGAAAGGUAUCAACUCUUUUAAGUUUUUCUUAGCCUACAAGGGGGCUCUCAUGGUCAAUGACGAGCUUUUACUGGAAGGGCUUAAAAAGUGCAAGUCCCUUGGUGCCUUGGCUAUGGUCCAUGCAGAAAAUGGGGAUGCUGUAUUUGAAGGACAGAAAAGAAUGAUAGAACUUGGUAUUACAGGUCCAGAGGGACACGCGCUUUCAAGGCCCCCAGUGCUAGAAGGCGAGGCAACUGCUCGAGCUAUUCGUUUGGCUAGUUUUGUAAAUACACCUCUUUAUGUUGUCCAUGUCAUGAGCAUUGAUGCAAUGGAUGAAAUAGCCAAUGCUCGAAAAGCAGGGCAGAGGGUUAUUGGGGAGCCUGUAGUGUCUGGGUUGGUCCUUGAUGAUUCUGGGCUGUGGGAUCCUGAAUUCAAGACUGCGGCUAAGUUUGUCAUGAGUCCCCCUAUUAGGACAUCGGGACAUGGGAAGGCUCUCCAAGGCGGCCUUUCAGCAGGGAUUUUACAGCUAGUUGGAACUGAUCACUGUGCCUUCAAUUCCACGCAAAAAGCUUUUGGCAUUGAUGAUUUUCGUAAAAUACCAAAUGGGGUCAACGGUAUCGAAGAGAGGAUGCAUUUAGUUUGGGAUACGAUGGUGGAAUCAGGCCAAAUAUCAGUCACUGAUUAUGUGCGGAUAACAAGCACUGAAUGUGCUAGGAUCUUUAACAUCUAUCCAAGGAAAGGAGCAAUACUUGUUGGAUCAGAUGCAGAUAUAAUCAUACUCAACCCAAAUUCAAGCUUUGGAAUUAGUGCGACUUCUCACCACUCUAGAUCCGACACAAAUGUCUUUGAUGGAAGAACAGGAAAGGGAAAGGUUGAAGUAACAAUUUCCAGAGGAAGGGUUGUUUGGGAAAACGGUCAGUUGAACGUUGCCCCUGGUUCUGGAAACUACAUAGAAAUGCCGCCUUUUGGUUAUCUUUUCAAUGGAAUUGACAAAGUAGAUUCAAAUUAUCUCUCUUCCCUCCGAGCUCCAGUAAAGCGAUCCAAAGCCACAAGUUGAGUUGCAGGUUCUCUUUCUUUUACUAGAUAUAUUACCUUAGUGGGAAAAACUUGAAAACCUAGUACUGAGCUUUUUUAUUUUUUUUGAUCCGAGUACUGAGCUCAAGUUCAUGUAAAUACAAGCUCGAAUAAGAUAAAAGAGACAGAUGUCAAUUCUGAUUAUAUCCUGUGUGUAAAAACUAUAUGCAAUAAUAAUAGGAAUUAUGUAAUAAAUUCCUUUAGUUUAAUUAGUAGAUUUGAUAAGAACAAAA